AUGGAACAAAAGGCUGCUUACUCGCAGCUUCCAAACUCAUUCAAGAGUGCCAUGAUGGUUUUAAGGGGGAAAAACAAGGAGCAUUUUCUCAAGCUGAUUAUCCGUAAGAGGCCGUUGCGGGGAGAUCAGGAAGUUCAUCUCGAACAGAAAUUAUCUAUGGUCUUGACUCUACCGGCCAAUGUGAGCGCCUUUGCACUUGUGCAUCAUCUAGCAGACCUGGAUGAAGCCAGAAAUAACAUCGUAGGCGCCAAAAUAUUCAGAACAAGGAUACAACGUCUGCAAACGCUGCACUGCUACGACCUCAUGAUAAGAACGGCAUCCGCCGAGAGUGCUAAUUAUCAAGUCCGGGGCGCUGCCCGGGUACAGGGCAAAACUUCGGUCCCGGACGGGGCUCCUCCUCGCUCUCGUAUUCCGUAA